CGGCCCUACCUGUAGACGGUCGAGGUUGCGAGCAGCAUCAGCUGAAUCAAAAGAACCAGGCAGUGAGGCCGACAUGCAAGAUGUCCGAAUUUGGAUGAAAGCUAUUAACGACAAGCUGGAUAAGCUAGUACUGCUCAAAGAGACAGUUGAGAGCAUUGACGACGCGGUGCAAUACUUGAGUGAGAAAUACGACGAAACUCAAAAAACGGAACAAAACGAGCGUGACGUCAAGGACCUUAGGCGCAGAUUGGAAAAGAUUGAGAUGCGGGACCGAGAAGUAGCUGAAGUGCAGGCAGAAGUAGAUAAUCUUGAGUGGAGGAGCCGCAGACUCAACUUAGAAUUCCAUGGAAUACAGGAAACGGAAGAUGAAAACUUGCUAGAAGCGAUCAAUGCAAUGGCAAUUAAACACCAGUUCCCGCCACUCGCAGAAAGUGAUGUGGUCGCCAUUCAUCAGCUUCCGCCCAGAAAAAAUAAGACGCCGGUCGUUAUCUGUCAUUUUGCGAAGCAAGCGGACCGAGAUUUCUGGUCGAAAAACAGAAAGGAACUGAGCAGCCUAAAUGAGCACGUCUUCUUGACGGAAAACCUGACCAAAAGAGCGCGUGCGCUGUUGUUUGAGGCAAAGAACUGGGCUAAAGAAGCGAACUUCAAGUAUGCAUGGCACUCAAACGGGAAAGUUCUAGUGCGUAAAGCUGAUGGGGAGAAAGCCAUACGCAUGGCAAAUGCUCGUGAUCUAAACAAACUAAGCUAA